GUCAAGUUGUCACGGAGCAACUGCAUAAUGAGGGUCGAGUCCUUGUAGCUCUCCUCCGACAGUGUGUCGAGCUCGGCAAUGGCAUCGUCAAAUGCCUGCUUGGCAAGAUGGCAAGCACGGUCGGGCGAGUUGAGUAUUUCAUAGUAAAAGACGGAAAAGUUGAGGGCGAGACCGAGGCGGAUGGGGUGUGUGGGUGGAAGCUCAGUGACGGCAACGUCGGACGAAUUGGGAAUGGUCAGAGUGCCACUCACUUCUCUGCAUCCCGUCAUAACCCGCGACCCGACGCAAUGGAUUCACUGUACCCAAUCAAUAGUUUGUCUAUUCUGUCAUUGAUGGGGCUUGCUCAAAAGGUCAGGCAAAAUUGGAGCCCGCGUGACAUAAAUGCCCAAACUGCGACGUAA